CGGAUAUUUUCAAAAUGGAAGAAAUGUCAGACUUUUGGAGGGGAACGGUAGCUCUAAGUUUGUUUACCCUCUGAGAGCCGCUGCUCCGGGGAUUUAUGCUUUAUGUUGACAGAAGAAAAUUUACACAAACCCACGCGGACCUGUGAGGUCGAAACCCGGCAGGAUGAGCGUUUCAAUCGGCGACAAGAUCGAGGAUUUUAAGGUCCUCACUCUCCUUGGCAAAGGCUCUUUUGCAUGUGUUUACCGAGCAAAAUCUGUCAAAACAGGAUUGGAGGUUGCCAUUAAAAUGAUCGACAAGAAAGCGAUGCACAAAGCUGGCAUGGUCCAGCGUGUGACAAAUGAGGUGGAGAUUCACUGCAGACUGAAGCAUCCCUCCAUCCUCGAGCUCUACAACUACUUUGAGGACAGCAACUAUGUGUAUUUGGUGUUGGAGAUGUGCCACAAUGGGGAGAUGAGUAGCUACCUGAAAGAGAAGAAGAUGCAUUUCUCUGAAGAUGAAGCCAGACAUUUCAUGCAUCAGAUUGUGAAGGGAAUGCUGUAUUUACACACCCAUGGCAUCUUGCACCGUGACCUGACGCUGUCCAACCUCCUGCUAACCAGCAACAUGAACAUUAAAAUAGCAGACUUUGGCCUCGCCACUCAGCUCAAACUGCCAAACGAGAAGCACUUCACCAUGUGCGGGACUCCUAACUACAUCUCUCCGGAGGUGGCCACCCGCAGCGCUCACGGCCUGGAGUCAGAUGUCUGGUCUCUGGGCUGCAUGUUCUACGCCUUCCUGAUGGGUCGCCCUCCGUUUGACACCGACACGGUCAAACACACUUUGUCCAAAGUUGUUCUUGGGGAGUAUGACAUGCCGAGCCAUGUUUCAUUAGAAGCUCAGGACCUGAUCCAUCAGCUCCUUCAGAGAGACCCUUCCCUGCGACCCAGCCUCUCUACGGUGCUGGACCACCCGUUUAUGACCCAGAGCCUGCUGGUCAGGACCAAAGAACUGAGGCUUGGCGAUGACAGCUCCAUCGACAGCGGCAUCGCAACCAUCUCAACAGCGUGCACCUCCUCCGCUUCAGCGAGCAGCGGCACCCGUCUCCAGCGGAGGACCAAGCACGUGAUUGGUCCAACUCUGCCUAACCGUAUGAUGUCGGUUCCACCGCGCCAGCCCGCCAGCUUCGAAGACGGAGACCAGCUGCACCAGCAGUACCCACCAGACAGCUUCUGCAGGGAGGGCAGGCGGCGGGACAAUCAUGUUGGUGAGAGUGGACAGCCGUAUUCCAGGUUCCUCAGGAGGGCUCACUCAUCAGAACGCUGCAGUUCUGCAGAAUCAGGACAAACCUCCUCGCAGCAUGAGCUCGGGAGAUGUCAUUCAGAGGAGACUCUGUCUGCUUUAGGACGGCCCUUCUUCCCCUCGUCCUCCACUCCUCAUUCUUUUACAGAUCAUUGCAGGCUUCCCUCCCCUCCAGUUAAACACUCAGCCUAUCUGUCAGCUCAGAUGGUUCAUCCACCAACCUCCCAGUAUCAGGACUUCGAGGGAGUUUCUAACUGGCUCAACAGUGAGGGUUCGGGGCCAAGACCCGCAGACGGCAGCGGCGGCAGCUUCCACAGCAGAGGGCAAUCAGGGGUUCACAGCUCCUGGUCCGAGCCCAUGGGCCGAGGUCAGCAGCACCUGUAUCCCGAGUCAUCCCGGGAGAUCACACCAGGAACAGAUUUCCAGCCUCCUCACAGCAGGGAGCAAAAGCCCCCAUCAACCAAACCCAGAGGGGAGAAGCAGAAGAAGACGCUGAGAGACGUUGUGCCUCCUCUGUGCGCCUACAGACUGAAGCCCAUCAGGCAGAAAACCAAAAAUGCAGUAGUGAGCAUCCUAGACACAGGGGAAGUCUGCAUGGAGCUUCUAAAAUCCCAGAAUGGGCAAGAAAGGGUAAAAGAAGUCCUGCGUAUCUCCUGUGACGGCUCUAUGGUAACAAUAUACCAACCAAAUGGUGGGAAGGGGUUUCCGGUGCUGGACUGCCCACCAGCGCCUCCGGAGGAUAUUCUCAUCUGCAGCUAUGAUGACCUUCCAGAAAAAUACUGGAAAAAGUACCAGUAUGCCUCCAAGUUUGUGCAGCUCGUGAAAUCCAAAACCCCUAAAGUGACUCUUUACACCAAGUACGCCAAAGUCAUGCUGAUGGAGAACUCACCUGAUGCAGACCUGGAAGUCUGUUUCUAUGAUGGAGCAAAAACCCACAAGACCUCUGAACUGGUGCGAGUGGUGGAAAAGAGUGGGAAGUCGUAUACCGUGAAGGGAGAAGUGGGUCUGAGUGGCCUGAGCCCUGAGAGCAGGUUUUAUGUGGAGCUGUCCGACGAGGGCCACAGCAUGUGUUUGUCACUAGAGGCCGCCAUCACUGCGGAGGAGCAGCGAAGCACCAAGAAAGUCCCCUUCUUCCCAAUCACUAUCGGCAGGAGACCGACCAGCUCCGAGGCUCCCUCCUCCGCAUCGGAUCCAUCACAGCAGACCCCUCCUGAUUCAGCAACACCUCCUAAACCGCCGCAGUUCACUCCUUCAAUGAUUUCCUACGACGGGUCAGAUUUCACCUCCGCAAGCAUGAGCAAGAAGAGCUCUCCGGUCCGACAGGAUUUGGUUCAGAGUGCAGGAAAGGUGGUCAAGUCAAUCUUUGUGCCUAAUGUUGGAUGGGCAUCACAGCUGACUAGUGGAGAGGUGUGGGUCCAGUUCAACGAUGGAUCUCAGCUGGUGGUCCAGGCAGGGGUUUCCUGCAUCUCUUACACGUCUGCAGAAGGCAGGAUCACCAGGUACAAGGAGAACGAGAAGCUCCCAGAGCACGUCAAGGAGAAGCUGCACUGCCUCUCCACCAUCCUCGGACUGUUGGCGAACCCGACGACAUCUCGUCAACCCGCCGGCUGCAGAGAACCGCAUUAGCAUUAGGGACCUUCAGAACGUUAGCUCUGCUGGGGCUGUAAAUAUUACAUGUGUGUUGUCUGUUUUUACCUGUACAGAAGACUGAUUAUGAAAAGAUUUUAUUUUUCUAACAUUGUAUAGUGUCUCAAAUAGCUGGUGGGAAAGUUCUCCUGUCUCAUGAACUUGGUGAUGAAAUAAACAUCUGGAGGGUGGAGAACAGAA